UCUAUGUUACUAAUUUAUUAAUAAUUUUUGCUCUUAGUCGCUGGUAAAUAAUUUUAAUAUGUGUAUCUGAAGCAAGUACGGAAGUCUUUUCAUGAAUUUUACGUGUCAUUGUUGUCUCAUUCCCUGUAGACGAGACGGAGGACUUGGCAUUAGCGAGACAUUCGCUAAAGACGGUACUAAUGAGAGAGAAAUGAUUACAUUUCUUCUGUUAGAGCACGACGUCUACUUUUUGUCAUCUUUUUGCCGUCCGAAAGAGGGAACGGCGAAUUUCGCAGUAGGGAUAACGGAAGCUUAUUUGCGUCUAGAACACGUGACAUACCGGCAAUUCGUAGGUAGCGGAAUGUAAAAGGUAUAAUUACAAGAAUAAUUGCCGUCUCGUUUGUUUUCUCGGUUCUUAAAAUGAGAUCGUUACCAAGUACACUGCCUACUUCCGCGGCGGCACGAUGGUGAGGGAGGACGGUACGAGAGGGAGGAACGAAGAGACAAACAGCGGAACGGAACUGACCUAAAAUGAUACAAUCGUUCGGUUCAUGACGCAAAAAUGGAUUUACCACUUGAUUUAAGAACGUUUCACGUUCAUCGGUCAAGGGACAGUGGCGGCCCGAAAGAAUCGACCAGCACAGACACCGAGGAUAAAGCCGGCCAAUCGAACUGCAAAUUGACUCCUUUGAUCGGGCUGGAGAAGAAGGAGAGCCCGGUGAAUCCGUACAAUCGGGCGGACUGGACGAAAAUGAACACGAAGUGGCCGCUGCCCGACACGGAUGACAAUGAGAUCAGCGUUGUUAACAGCCUGCCGCAGCUCGACUGCGGCCCGUUCCCGAAGUCGUACAUGGACACGUGUUCCUGCUGCCCGCGGGACAUCUUCGACAAGCACGAAACCGACACCAUACACAAUUACAGGAGCAUCGUCUUCAAGGACGACGAUUGUUGCAAAUCGCAGUGGGUCAGGAAGGAACGUUAUCAGAAGAUCAAGGCGAAGGUUGGCAGAGCCAUCAAGAAGCACAAAAUAUUUUUGAUACGCGGUGAAGUACCGAAAUUGAAGGAAGCUCUAGAGAAACGGGGCUGGGUGCAGAAAUACGAAGCUACGAAAACGAGAACACUACCUUACGGUAGCGUGGCGAGCUUGGAAGCUAGAUCGUUGGGUGACUUGACCCAACCGGACGGCAAUUUAAACGAGAGAGCGGUAAUUUUCGCUUUAUUGCGUCACAAAUCGCCGGACUUCAUAUGGGACUGUCGAAACGACUUCGUAGACUGGCAUCGCGGCCUCAGCAGCAAUACGAUCCUCAACAGAUACCAAAAACCGUCUGUUUACACAUCUAAGUCGGUAAAGCAUUCGCUGUGGAAACUAAUGCAGCUAGGAAUGGCUCGUUUGCUGGAGGAAGCUCACUGGCUUUACGAGAAGGACGUGUCGUCGGUGUUGUUCCCGAGGAGUUACAAUCUGAGCAGGGAACCUAAAGCGUUCCUCGAGGAUUUUCGUUUGACCGCCGCGACCGGUCUGCUAAAAUGGUUCGCUCAGAAAAUGCAGGACGAUCAAGACCUACCGGACAACGGUCACCGUCCAAUCCCGAUGAGUCGACUGGAAUUCGCCAUAAAACGGUGCGAAGAAUUCGCCGCCUGCGCGAACCAUCAGAACAUCGACGAGGACUUCGUCCAGGAGUUCACCGAGGAGGAGUGGAAUUCCUUCUUGGACGAUUAUACCGCCGUGGUGCACGAGGGAGCUGGAAUCGAGUGCAACUCCGAAAAAGGCAGGGAACAGUUACAAAAAUAUUAUGAGGCUACAACUUCGACUUUGGAGAAGUUGAAAGAAGCUGACCCGCAGUACGACUUGAAUGGCAUGAGGAACAUUUGGAUUCUGAAACCGAGCGAACUCUGUUGCGGCACGGGGAUCAGUAUAUCGCACAAUUUGAAAGAUAUAUUUCGCAAGAUAAAGAGUAGGCCGAAAGAUUAUUUCAUUGUACAAAAGUACAUUGAACGUCCUUUAUUGAUCCACGACACUAAGUUCGACAUAAGACAGUGGUACCUGGUUACAAACACGUUCCCCAUGACAAUAUGGGUGUUCAAGGAAGGGCUGCUUCGAUUCAGCUCGAAACCGUACACUUUCUCAACUUAUCACGAGGCGAUUCAUAUCUGCAAUACCGCCAUCCAGGAGAAGUACGACGAGGAGAGGCGGAGGCGGCGGAAGCGCGGGAAUUCGGAGGAGAUCGUAAAAUCUAUUCGCGAUCAAGGAUGGGAUUGCGAGAAACUGAACGAAUAUUUAAAACAAACGGGUCUGGAGGGUGAUCCAUAUUACGACAAGAUUUUCCCGAAAAUGUCCGAGGCGAUAGUCUUGACGAUGCUGGCUUCCCAGGAGCAUAUGGAUCGCAGACGUUGCAGCUUCGAACUGUACGGCGCCGAUUUCGUCGUCAUGGACGAUCUCUCGGUCUGGCUGAUCGAAAUAAACACGAAUCCUCGAAUGCACCCACCCAGCUCGAGAAUUACUAAACGCCUUUAUUCUAACGUUCUCGAAAGCCUGGUAAAAGUGGUAAUGGACGUGCCGUUGAACCCGUCCGCGGACACCGGCGGCUUCACCCUCGUCUACAAGCAAAACAUACCCGACUUCCGACCUUACCUCGGCCCGUGUCUGUUCGUGUUCGGCAAGUCGAUAACGCUCCAGGAACAUCCGCGGAAACGGGAGAAGAAAAAGAAGGGCGGUAAUAGCUGGAUUAAACAGCAGCAGCAGCAGCAGCAACAACAACAGCAGCACCGAGCGUGGACUGCCCCGCCGAUGAUCCCACGGUUGAGGGAGCCGAAAAUAGUCGACUUUAUCGACUACUUGAACACGGCCCGGUGCACGGCCGCGAACUGACUCCGAGAAUCGUCGACGAAUCGUUGGUAAGUAAACGAUUCCAGAAGUUAAAGUAAAUAAAACGGAUUCUAGAAGCUGAAACUAGAGACGAAUAAUGAAUGCUAAUGAUAAAAUUCCAGUGCCACGUGGCUUUUUGAACACAACGAUUUCAAAAAUUAUUUAUAUGUACGAUGGAAGUCUAAAAUUUGAUGUUCAACUUAUAAGUGCAUUGCGUGGGCAAAAAGAUUUUGAAAUAAAUUUCUUCGUAGAGGAAACAGUAACCGCGGUUUAAUUACUGUCGAUAUUCGUCGUGUUUUGGCUUCUAGAAUUGACCUGCCGUGGAAGUCUCGAAAUUUUAUUAAGACGGCGCUUCGUAUUUAAUUAAUCGAAGCGUACGGGAUAAAGCGACGUAACUCUGGAUACAGAUUUAGAAGAGCAGGUCGGUCGGUCGGGCGAUGGGCGGUGGGAGAAACCUGGGCGAUGGAAACUCGUAAACGGUAGAGCUCGAAAGUCGUUAAAGUCGAAACGACCCAGUUUUUCGCGGAAAGUCGAACAUCGAAACAGUUUUGGGAAUGUACGCGUUCCACGGUUCAGCUUUCAACGACCAACCAGUUAAAAAACCGAGGCAUCCUCUUUUUUUUUGCGAUAAGCUUCCCUCGACGAUCGCGGUGUUAUUUUCAACUCGGCGAUCUCUAUUCGUCGCGUUACGGCGAAUAGGAAUUUCGAUACAUCGCGGGUCGCGGUUGUCGCGGUUCGCAAGAACGUUUAAGUUCGUUGCUCUUUUUGUUGCACAAUCUCCACUCAUCUCGCAGUUGCUCGCGGAAAUAUUUAAAUGCUCGUUAUCGAAAAAUUGUAUGUAAAGCAGGCAACAUGCAUAUAAGUUUUAAUAAUCAAUCGUAAUUAACAGCCUUCAGUAUUUAAUUAGAAAUUAAACAUAUCUGUAAUAUCAUAUACAUUUUUUUUUAUAAGAAUUCGAAUAUUUCUGCGAGCUCCCGGCUAGGAUGAUUUACGUCCUCGUUUAAUUAAUAAGAAAGCAGGAUAUAGAACCGGCGGCGUCAAGACAGGAUGCUGCGCUGCGUUGUCGUUUCUUUCGGCAACUUUUCCGUUAGUAGGAUUGACUGAAUUCGCUCAUCGCUUCGGAGCUAACAAGAGGAAUCACGUUUUCCGUGAAAAUCUACCAAACCGCAUGCGACGUGGUCGGAACAAAUACUUACGCAUUAAUCUUUAUGCGUACAUCGACAAAGUCUUUUACUCUUUAAUAAAACAUAGACUAUAAAACAUCACGUCCAGAACUCAACGAAACCAUGACUACUGUUUUAUACAAAAAUCAUUUUUGAGAUAUCAAUAGAUAAACUUAUAACAUAAAAUUCACUGAGUGUUCUGUGAAAAUAUUCCAAAUCACACGCGACGUCGGGACAAAUACUAUAUUAAUCUUUAUGUAUGCAUCGAGAAGAAAGUUUCAAUUUAAUUUCAAUCCACUCUUUAAUAAAACAUAAGGUAUAAAACAUCACGUCCGGAACUCAACGAAACCAUGACUACUGUUUUAUAGAAAAAUCAUUCCUGAGAUGUCAAUAGAUAAACUUAUAACAUAAAAUUCACUCAAU